UCGACUCCGGUCGCGCUGUCUUCGGUCCGCCGGCGCCGUACGACCGACCGACCGGCUUAGCGCGGGCCGCGAUCCUUCGCUCGCCAAGAGCGGAUCAAGAAGCCGCGGCGGCCUGUGCCACCCGCCUGCCUCGUGCCCAUCAGACUGUCCAUAGGUGCUAUAGUCCUCUGAGAGAACACUCGUAGAAAAAAAACUGAUCAGAACUCGAGGGACGCAGCCGGCGGGCCGAGCCUCCCGAUGCCGUCGCCGGUGCUCGGACCGGGUCCCACCGUAGUCAUUCCGCAGCGCCGCUAAUCGCCGCCAGAGAGGACGGUAGGGACGAAGACGACCACCGACCGGGCCGUCAUCCUCAAUGGAAGCGUCGACGCGUCUAGGAGAACUCUGAGCCGCCACGGUGAGGGCGGGUGGUGGCGGCGGGUUGUCUAGUUUUUGCUGUCUCGAGAUUGGCCCCUUGGCUUCGAAUCGAGAACCCGGAGCCUGUCAGUCAAAGCCUGACCCGGAAGAAGAAGACCGAAAUAACAGAGACGAGCAAGGCCGUCCCAUCGCGGGUUUCUUGGCGGCCAUCUAGGAAAGCUUCGACGUUCGUCUUGUAAGUGGUUGACUAGCAACAGACAAGGCCAAGAUGCCUCUGGGGGUCGGAAGAGGAAACCUUUUCGACCAGGGCAUGAACGGACCUGGACGGCUGCCCGAUGGUGCGGGCGAGUCACUGGAGAUGCCGACCAUCAAGGCACUCAAAAACCUGCCACCACCAGACCUGGUCAAGCGCCUGAAAAAGCAGGAGGACGAGAAGGGCUUCAUGAAGCAUGACGAGCUCCAGGAGGAGUACUACGAGAGCACGGGGGUCGUGCCUGGCGGAGAGCCGGGCGCCGAAGGCGGCAAAAGCUGGCGCCGGCUGCUGGAGCCCAACUGCCCGUGCUGCGACAUCUCCAAGCGACUCACUGUGGCUCUGCUCAGCUCCAUAGGGUUCCUCAUCUCGUUCGGCAUCCGCUGCAACAUGGGCGUCGCCAUCGUCAAGAUGACUGCGAACAACUCGGAAACAAUGAAAGCCGAGUUCGACUGGUCCCCUGAGACCAUCGGCGUGAUCGACUCGUCUUUCUUCUGGGGCUACCUCAUCACACAGGUGCCCGGAGGAUUUCUCGCAGCCAAAUACCCCGCAAACAGGGUUUUUGGCACCGCAAUAGCCGUGUCAGCGUUCCUCAACAUGCUCAUUCCUGGAGCGGCCAAAAUUGGCUUCACAAUGGUCAUGAUGGUCCGGAUUCUCCAGGGUCUCGUUGAGGGCGUGACAUAUCCGGCGUGCCACGGUAUCUGGAGACAUUGGGCGCCGCCCCUGGAGAGGAGUCGUCUGGCAACGCUAGCCUUCUGCGGCUCGUACGCCGGUGCCGUCGUCGGUAUGCCCCUUUCGGGCAUCCUCACCGACUACGUAGGAUGGCAAGCCUGCUUCUAUUUCUACGGCGUGUUCGGCGCCAUAUGGUACGUCUUCUGGCUGUGGCUCUCGUUCGAGAAGCCCAGCAGGCAUCCGACCAUCACCCAGGCGGAGCUCAUCUACAUCGAGAACAGCCUUGGGCAGGUCACUCAGACGGCACCCACGUUGAAGUCGACUCCGUGGAAAAACAUCUUCAUGUCGCUACCAGUGUAUGCCAUCAUCGUGGCUAACUUCUGUCGCAGCUGGACCUUCUACCUGCUCAUCAUAUCGCAGCCCAUGUACUUCGGACAGGUCUUCCACUUCGAAGUGGACAAGUCGGGUCUCGUGGGCGCCCUGCCGCACCUGUGCAUGACCCUUGUCGUGCCCCUGGGAGGCCAGCUGGCCGACUACCUGCGAACGCGCCAGAUACUCAGCACCACGUCUGUCAGAAAGAUCUUCAACUGUGGAGGCUUCGGCAUGGAGGCCGUGUUCCUCCUGGUGGUGGGCUACACCCGAAGCACACCCGUAGCCAUCUCAGCGCUGACACUGGCCGUGGGAUUCAGCGGUUUCGCCAUAUCAGGUUUCAACGUGAACCACCUGGACAUCGCCCCUCGGUACGCAAGUAUCUUGAUGGGGCUGUCGAACGGCGUCGGCACACUGGCCGGCAUGCUCUGUCCCAUUGUGGUGGAGUACAUCACUGAUAAGAAGAUCCACGGCGGUGACGACGCGUCCCGCUGGGAAAAAGUGUUCCUGAUUGCCAGCCUGAUCCACUUCGGUGGCGUCAUCUUCUACGGCAUCUUCGCAUCGGGAGAGAAGCAGCCGUGGGCGGAGCCUCCGCGCGAGGAAGAAGGACCCUCGUGGAAUCCGCUCGAGAACGCCUUUAAGGAGGACUCGACAGCGAACAGUGGGACGCAGCAGCAGUCCUUCCAGCGCCAGACAUCUUACGGCGCCACGGCCGAAACAAACUUCCCCGUGUACGAAACCCGCGAAGAACGUGUCCAGGAGCCGUCCCGGGACGCGUACGACCAGAGGGACUUCUAGCCGGAGAAGAAUAAAGGCGGACGGGUACUGCGAAGACGUGGGCGGAGACGUCGAGCUGCCGCCGAGUCGAACACGAACGGCAAGGAGGGAGGACGACGACAAGCAGGACAAAGAAUGGAGGAAACCGCGGGCGCCAGCGGGAUGCCGUCGGCGACAAGAGAGACGACACGCAAGUGGCGACGACACGACGUCCCGCCACGACGCGACCACCGCGGUCGUCCGCCAGGAACGACGACGUCCAGCACGGAGGCAAAAGCCGAUGGUGACGACCGACAAAAAGCAAGGACAGCGCACACGCCGCGCGAAGCUGCGGCCUUUUUUCGUAACCCGCCGCGUUCAAUGAGUUUGGUUCUGUCCUUCCAUCCUUAGUUUCCUUUUAUCUCUCGCCAGCGAGGCGAAACGCAGACAGCGCCGGCGGGGAAAAAGAAAAAGAAAUCGCGUGAUAGUGAACAAAAAAAUCCCGAGUUGACCUGCCCACAGCUACGUAUACUCCGCCUCACUGAUUCCGUGCAAUGCAGCGAAACUCGCCAGCCAGUCGCGAGUGAGGAAACCGGCUGUGUGCACUGGGGGAGUACGAAAGCUCGUCUACUGUUCGCCACUGUGAACAGUGCUCCUCGCAGACGCCCGCUCGGUCCGGUUGACCUCUGAAAUUGCAGCGAAGCUCUUGUGGCUUUCUGCAGUUUCGAUGCGCCAAGCUGUGGUUCCAAGAUCUUGCUCAACGCACUCCGACUCUUCGCAGCUGUUGAAUUCACCAGUUCGGCUGUUCUGAUUGGCUCGAAGGUCGGUCACACCCUCUCUGAUCAGCUCAAAGAAAGGCAUUUCGACAGCAUGGCAGAAUUCGGCACGGUAGGAUUAGAGGCCGGCAAGGCAAGAACCGAACAUAUUUCACUACGCCGUACGAAAUUGGUGAGACGGAGUACGUGUAGAUAUCAGUUCGGCUCGGCGGGCCGUUACGGUUGAUUUAAACUCGGAAUUGUUAUCACAACGUAACGACGUGUGUGCAAGCUACGAUAUACGAAAAAAAAAUGAAGUGACUUACAAGCAGGCCCAGGAACCAAAUGUACCGUACGAUUUCUCUCCGUUAUUUCGAUAUUGAACAAAACAUGUAACACUGAUGCGAAUAUUGGAAGUUGUCGAGUGGUGGCGUGCAAUCUUGGCGUUCGAAACGCUGCGUUACGUUACUUCAGCGCCUAAUGCACUUCGACACUGCUUAUCUUGCGAAGCCCUAGACUCGCAUGACGCGUUCACACUGUACGUACAAGCGAUUCGUCAGAAAACGAAAGAAAUUUUCUUCUCUUCUCCCGGUUCGAGGUCUAAUUUGCGAUAUAAGUUCAAAUGUUUCUUUUUAGUCGAGUAAUAGCGGUCAACCAAUGUGAAUUGUUUUCUACUUAUCCGAACUACACGAUAUCGCCUCGAUGUGCGCAGCAUUUCAACAUCCGAGUCCGUGCUUCGUUCAUGCACGUUACGCAAUGCGAUAAAACUAAAACUAUAACUCCAGUGUGAAGCGGCCCGGUUAGUAUUUUAUAUUUCAUACCUUAAACGACAUUCAAGCACGCUGUUCAUCAUUACUAUACUUUCAGUUCUAGCUAGCAAAUGAGAAGGGGGAAAAAUUCGGUAGGACGUUGAUUAUCGCAUGAAUGUCGCCGAGCCGAGAAUCAGUUGGCAAGAAUGAUAUAUUUUGAAAGGAAAAUCGAAAAAAAAAAAACGUUUCCUAAAAGGAAACUGAUAGUGCCAUGAUGGCAGCCUGUAGCUACCGCGCGUAACGAUGUCGUUGACUGGGAGAGAAAAAAUGAAGAAAAAUAAUAAACAGGCUGGUAGGACGUACAGUAAAUAACUGCUAUAGGAACGGUCGUGCCGCCGCUCACCAGUUUAAAAAAAAAAGGUUUUUUCCAUCCCUCCGGGCUCCGUUUCCAAGGUCUCACCGCUCUUUAGCGCCAAGAGCUGAAAAGCACCAGCGUUUGGGCAAAGGAAAAUGGAAAGAAAUAACGACAGUGGUUAUGCCAUCACUGACCUCCUUCCAACCCGGCGUGAAACGUGAUGGCAGCGGCUGCCUCUAUAUAUAGAACCGCUGACGUCGCCAUCGCUGCUCACGGCAAGAGAGUCGGAAGCGUUGGUUUUUUUUUUUUUUUUUUUUUUUAUUUUAAAUCCGCGCUACGACCCAGCGUCGCUUUGUGCGUCCGCUUCGUUUUACGCAGACCCUGCUGUUGCAUGCAGCGCAAAUGAAAGCAUUUCGGGGUGUAAUCGCAGGUCACUUUUUUUUUUUCCUUCGUAUGCUUUCUUUCAACUCGGUUCAAACUGUCUCGUCGUGGCGCAACUUUGUCAUUUAUAGCCUCGAUAACCAAGCAACAUAAAGUGGACCGAGUUAAAGAAAUAAAUAAACGAAGAUAAUGACAUGCGCAAGACUCUCUUACCAAACGCGCCCGGCAAUCACAGUAGCGAUCAACAAAGGAACUACGCUCUAAAUUUUUUUAAUGAACAUUACGUGAGCGCAGAGGUGUUCCAUUCGUCAUAAGAGGGCGUUAGAAGUGCAAUUUCUCACUAACGUUUACGCACCAGGCAGCGAUGCCAGGUAGGGACAGCUGCCGAAAACGGUCAUUCAAAAAUCCAGAAAAAGAUAAAGUUACGCGUGCACAGGCGAAAUUCUAAAGCGAGGAAAAACUGUAGAGUGUCCAAACGACAAAGCGCACUUCGACAAGCGCUAAAGGGGAAAAAAAUAAAAAGAAACCAACAAAGACGAUGCUACUGCGGGCGAAAAACAAACAAAAAAAAAACAGGAAGGGUUUAAGGGGGAAACGUAAGAAUGUGAAAACGAACAGCUUAGACAUCUAGCGCGUAGGCCCAGACAGAAAAGACAAAUAAAUGAAAGAACUGAAUUCGUGAGCUUUUGCGACGUGGUGUAGAGGCAGCCGGUGCGGGUCACAGCGCAGCGAAUGCGUAUACCCGGUGUGUGGAGUUCUCCCCCUCGGUUUCCCGUAGCUUAGACUCGUGUACAUAACUAACUGCUUCGAUGUCAGCAUGGCCGUACCACGAUACCACAAAGCAAUAUAGCGUCCGAACGGCUCCCGCGGAAACGAAAGCAGACGCAUACAAGCAGGGCGUGACCGGGUCAACUAUCUCACUCUCUCUCCCCCCACCUCUGUAAACGGUCGAAGCAAGCAGGUGAGGAGGCGGAGAAGAUCGGUGGUGUCUGGAAUGCACGAGCCGUGUCUCACCCGAUGAGGAUAUAACACUGAUGUUGACGCUACUACUGCUGUUUUGCUGAAGCUGUGCGAGACGUGUGCAAGACACGAUGACCCGACUGGCAGCGUGGGUCAGUAGUUGUGUCGCACUGCUGAAGCCGCGUGUGAAAUCGUGUGUCUCGAAAUAUCGUUCUUGACGCUCGCAGUGUCUGACUGUAUGCUUUGAUGUGUGCUGCCCGAAGGGUGGCGCGGGUUUCUCCUGAAGCGAAUUCCCGCUUUCGGCGCUUCCGUUUGUCGUGCGGGCGGCUGAUUCCGUUAAGGGUAGUAGUGGCACGACCGCUCGGUGUUGGUGGGUAUGUGCUCUGAGGGCGAAUGAAUUGCCCCGUUGCAAUCAUCCUGCUCAGCUAAAGUGUUUACCCGGAAUCCAAAAUUUUCGGCAGCGUAAGCAAAGUACAGCUUUGUUUGAACGUUAAACGUUUUCGCCGCGCCAUCGGGAUUACCUUUAUAGACGGUAACGACGCUGCCGUUUUCGAUAUCACCGCCCAUAGUCAGCAAAGAGGCAAGCAGGCGGGACAUGGCUUCAGGGUGACCCAUUCCGAGCGCCUGAACUCAUGUUGCAGUAUGUGGUUCGUAUGCACUCGGUCGUGUCCGGGCGGUGCUACAACUACAGAGACUCCCGACGAGUCCGUCUACGCCCCGAAGAAUGCCUGAACCGAAUCGUUGCGUAAGACAAGCUCAUCGUUCGCACUUGUUCGUCGCUGGUUGUUGCUGCUGCGGCAGCCCGCCAAGUGUUGACGGUCUCUACACAUUGCUCUGAUCUCUGCGAAUGUGAUGCCGGUGCAACAGGCCCGGUGCUGCGGAGCUUGAUGCAAGGUGCAACAAACACAUUCUUAUUCUUUUUUUUUUUUUUUCACUUUGUUCUCAAAUUGCGUCGUCCACCACCACACUUCUCUCACUGAAACUAGUUUUCCAACAGAUUCUACUACUGCAUAUAUAAUGCCCUUUUACUCCCCACCCCCUUUCCCCCAGUUUACGUCAUCUAUCAUAGCUUGCGCGUGAUCAUCACACGUGCACCUGUCCUCCCUUCUUUCUCUCUCUCUCUCUCUAGACCUUGGUACGGUGAGGACAGGGGAGAAAAGGAGCGAUUCUAAUAAGUGUCGUAUCUUAGAUAGCAGGCAAUCUCACUGUGGCCCACACGUAUUCAAAGGUCAAAAGGGGACAGCAGUGCGCAGCGUUCGACUUUCAACCACAGUGCAUUCCCCAACGCAGUUGAAAUUCCGGCGUUAUGCCGUCGUGUGGUUCGAUCCUUUCGUGUCUGUAGGUAUACGCGAGUGCUGCCGCCGACUUCUCACAACGCGUGAAGUUGGUGUCUUGUGGAUGAUAGCAGUCGUCUGCUGCCUAUGACAAUAUAUGGCCAGCCAGAACUCCUCAUCAGCCGUUUAGAGAUUUUUUUUUUUUUUUGUUACUCCUUGCUUGAAUUGCAAAAACGAAGGAACUAGACAAGGACGUUCGUGACGUUGGUGGCAAAGGAAGGCAACAUAUGGUAUCCAGAUUCGAUAAACGGCCUAUACCGGUGAAAAGCCGAGUGUCCGAACUGCAGCCUGACACGUCUUUGCCGCGUGGUUAAAAAAAAGAAAAAAGGGCAAAUACGUCUGGAAUCGAAUUCCCCGAAUCCAAACCUCCCGCAACCUCAACAGAGAACGAAAAACAUAUGCUUGUGACAAACACGGGACAAACGCGCAACGAGGACAGUAAAUGUUUAGACAUACAUUACAGGUUUGUUUCAAAACCCGAAGCGAACGUGUUUCUAUUUCUGCACGAACUCAGCCAACUGCGCUUUGGUUUAUCUGUAUGCGUAGCGGCUAUAGUACAUCAUCUCGUCGGCACUUUGGAGCGAGUGUUGCGAAACUUUGCCUUUAGACAUUACACCUGCUGCGCCCUAGCUGGUAUCGAUUUUAUACUAACCGCUUUUCAAGGAUCAUUAGCAACGGCUAUUCUAUACUGUACUAGUGGAAGCCUUCCGCUCUGCCCGAAUUAAAGCACCGCACAUAUAGCUGAGGCCGGAAAUAACUUACAGACAAUUGUGGAAGAGGGUCGCCAUUGGAGACCUGCACUCCAUACAAAUGUCGAUUGUUGUCCUUGAUUUUAAGUAACAUACAUCCCCUGUUUUUUUUUUUUUUUCGUUUUUUUUUUUUCUUUAUGGAAAAUUUGGCUAAGUCUACGAGACUCGAGGUCUAUCGAAACUCGGACUAGCGUUUUAGUGCUCAAUAUUAACCACGAGAUGUGUAGGAUUUCCAUUGAUUCGAGACGCUUCUACGCAACAUCACGUAAGGGGCCCUUUAAUGGAGUAAGGAUAAUCGUUUGAGCUGUCGAUUAUCGUGCUCUUCGGCUUUCCAGGGCUAUGUUAAUGACACCCUUAACAAGUUCUUCAGCAUCACGCCUUCCGUUACCAGAUACUGACCAUUUGACCAAAUUCGUCAACCUGACAGUCUGCACCACCGAUCUCACCACGCUGUGCGAGUGCAGUAGCAGCAGGAGCCACUGGCACAGUAGAACGAAGCCUCAAAACUGAGCUUAUAGCACAGUAGUAGCCUUUCGUUGUUGCCCGUGCUGUUGGCAACAGCCACAUAGCCACUUUAUAUCGCAUAGCCACUUUACAUAUGCAGUUAGAGAGAGAGGAGGUAUCUGUGAUAACACGGCCGCGGCUGUUGCACAUACGGUUAUUGUCCGCGCGCACAGAAUACUCAUCCACACCCGCACAUGUAUGCACCACGAUCCGACUGUCCGAGCUAGUAGUGUCUUGUCAAGUCCACGUGACGUAAACGGCGUCGCGUGCCCCUUAACGGUAAAGCGUCCUCUGCACGUGGGAGUCCACCGACCGAGCGCGGUGUGUUCUUGUGCAUUAGUUAUCACCGCACGCUCUAUUGUGUUGAGUGUGUAUACGUACACGUGAGUGCGUGUGUGUGUGCGUGCGCGCGCGCGCGCUAUUAUAUAGGGCGUGUCUGUUCGAUGUUUCUUGCACCAGCACACUUGUCGAGCCUCAGAUACGGUGAGGUGUGACGGCCUACCUCGUACGUGGUCACGACACAUGACGAAGCACAACUCCCAGCACAGUCUGUACAUACCAGCGGCAGGUUAUAGACAACGCGGCGACGUGGCGCAAUCUGGGAACACGUAUGUACUGCACGUUCGCAGUGCCCUGGCCAGUGAGACGCAUGUAAGCCGAUAACGUGGCUUUUUCUUCUUUCUUCUUCUUUCUGGGGUUUUACGUGCCAAAACCAUUUCUGAUUAUGAGGCACGCCGUAGUGGAGGGCUCCGGAUUAAUUUUGACCACCUGGGGUUCUUUAACGUAUACUAUAGCGCAAGCACACGGGCCUUUUUGCAUUUAACCUCCACCGAAAUGCCGCCGCCGCGGCCGGGAUACCAUCCCACGUCGCUUCCAGAACUGCUGAGGCUAUGAGAAGGCUUCCGGACAGGGUUUCAGUUCUAAUGCUACGGCAGGUCCGCCAUAGCUCACACAUGCAGAAGACGUUACAUUAAAUAUUCACUGCUAGCUUCGUUGAACCAUAUGGUCCAGCCGUACGAGCCUCAACUAGCUGGCGUCCGCGUCUGGAGCAAACACACGAUAUCUUUCAAUGACCACUGAACCCAAAGCCAAUAGAGCAAGCGGCGUGGCCCCUAGUUUUUUCGUACCUUAAAGCCCCUUAUCGUACCCACGCCACUUGCGCCCCCUAUAUAAUCUAAAAAUCUCUACUGAAAUUCGCGUGUGCCUAAUUGGCUCCCUUGUUCGAGCUCGCGGACGGGAGCCAAUGGGGCUCGCGGACUUCAAUUAUCUUUGAUUUCAAAAUCAACAGUCGUAGAAAGCGACCGCGUGACUGCGGUAGUCGCAUCAGCCUGGCAGGCUGCUGCAAACGGGUUUUGCGUUAAAUCUUCGGUGUAAUUCUUAUUAGCUGUUCGCGCGCACAGUAUGGCGUAUCACGCCAUACUGUUUAGCGAACUAUAACUGGCCGCACACGUCCGUGAGCCCAGAUUGCGCGCCGCGCCUCCCAUACUAAUAGUGUUCGUAGACCAAAGCUGUGUAGGUAGCGGUGUGAUUGUGAAACAUGUAAUCAUCGAACGGGCGCUGCAGGGCUCUCGGCCCGGAUCAAAACCCGGUGCUCGCGGCGGCGGGGAGCCGCAAUUCAGUUCGUCCCGCGCCUCGAAUUAACCGACUGCUCCGAUCCGGUCCGGGGCCGCUGCAGCCCCGUGUCUCAGUGGCAGUGCUCCGCAGCGAUCGGCAACCCGCCCAAUCGGCUCGCGGAGAGGACACGUACACACGACCCACAAGUCUUUCAAUCUCGCUCUCGCUAGAAUAUCCGCUUCUACCACGCGCAAGCUUCCGGGUGCUAGAAGACGGCGUAUUUGUAGUCGGAGUCGGUCGGUUACAUGGCCGGCCGUUUGCCCCGCCCCAAUUAUGGCGUGAUAUGUUCGUUGAUGACGUUGCGUUUCCUUCGUCUCGUUAACCCCCUUGCACUGACUUGCCACGAGUUGUGCCAGACUUGCCAACGUUGGAGGCUGUCACUCGUCCACACCGCAGACAUAUACGCCAGGGCAUAAAGAUUCUUUCGCGACGUCGCUAAUGUCACUACUGAUUUAGGUGUUGCAAACACGCGACGGACAAAAACGCCCGUGACGUAUCCAUGUAUCAGAAGCUGCAAAACGUAUCUUUUAGCGUUGGUAAUUUAGCGCAAGAGUCGCGAAAAUGCGUCAAUGGACAUCAACUAACUAAGGUAAUUAAAUACUUAGGUAUUUUAUCCUAAAAGGGAUAUAUGCGCCUCCGUCUGUAAAGCUUUUUAAUGGGUCAUCUGGGUGGGGGUGUCAAAGCUGCUUUUCUAUGGAAAGUAAAAUCUUGAUAUCUAAUGUAUCGUUUUGGAAAAUUGGGUAGUUGCUUUCCUUUUUUCACAUUCUGACUGUGGAACCAACGCCGCAGAAUGUACUUUAAGGCUAUAGUUUUAAAAAUGUCUCGGAAGAGGUCUAGGAAGGAUUAAAACACAAAAUGACAAAACUCCGAGCAAAUCGAUCAUCACCAUCACUUAGAGACUUAUCGCUAAAAAUGGACUGUUUUGGGCCGCGACCAGACGACUGUACAACAGAAUAGUUAGAGUAGUGGUCUUUUGGAGUUCCACAUGCCACACCACUGUUACACCCAACGAAAGCCCAUUAGUCCCAUUUUAAAUUUGUUUCUCUGUAAACGACAGUAUGUCAAGCAUUCUAAUUCUUAGGUGGGAAUUUCACAAUUCACAUUCGUUAUUGUAUAGUGAACAGCAAAGCCGUUUCCAAAAAGAAAAAGAAAAUUGUUGCAACCCUUGUUGGCAAGUCUGUCAAGCUCUAUGCGCUGCUGUUCGUGUUUCCAAAACCUUUUGCCAUACAAAAAGAAAGAAAGAUAAUAACGCCACGGAAAACAAAUAUGCUGCCACAGGACUUACUUGUGCUCUCAAACACAACAGUUUUCCAUCAAGCAUUUCCCGUAACAUUUCAUACACUACGCUAACUCAACUCGUUUCACACAGCGUGCAACUCCACAUCAGGUACAUGCAGGUUCACAACAUUUCCGCACUUCCCGCAGUAAUCACAGCAAAUCUUACUGUUAUUUAAAAGAUGCAAGCAUUGUUGUCAGGUAAGCACUUCCUGAAACCCAAUGCAGAAUCUGCAUCAGUGUGAUCAAAGCACAAACAAACCAGUGGCUUUAGCAUAGCAUUCUCCCACGGCAAACAUUCCAUUGUGUCCCACCCACCCUGCAUCAGAACCCCGGCACAGUUGUUUGUCAGGUGCUUACCGUGCAGCGUCAAGUGUGUCUCGUUGGUCCUUGCUUCUUAUCUAUGUUAACUGUUAGUUCCCAUAUUUGUCAAGCUAGCCGCAGCGAAGGUCAGUUAGUGCGCGAUAAACUGCCUUGUCUUUUUGAUAGAUUUACCGCUAGUGGAAGGAUAUGGUGUGUCUGGUUAGAUGUGAGCAGUCGUGCAUGCGAUGCGAGUGGCUCAUCCGAGCUUGCCUUCUCAAGAGCAAAAGAAGCAAAUCUCAUCCUCGCUAAGCCAAGAUCAGUCCAGGAACAUGUAGACCUCAGUUGCGAAGAGGAAGGCAACUUUGCUGUUUCUGUGUUUUGUCAUCCGUGUGUCAUGACUUUAGCCUGUGAAGAACUUGACUUCAGCUCAUCGAGGACAACUGUUAUAUAAACUGUAAAUACUACCCACGCACGUAGCUGUAGUAGAUGUUGUACAAGCAGUAAUUAACAUUGUAAUCUGUACAGCAUUGACAUUGCCUUUUGUCAUUCAAUACGCAAGUCUCAAGCAUAUGACCAAGACAAAAAUGCACUGCAAAUUUCCCGUAGCAAAAAACCGAGAUGAUUCAAGAAUUUGUUUUCAUUGGACAUGGGAGUCCUGUACUCGCAUGGUGAACACAACUCAAUAGCCCACUUGCCACCAACGUCAAAAUAGUUCUCCAAACCAGAAUUUGCACCUUGCAGCAAGCUUCUGUGCACUGCAACCUCUGCAAUUCCGCAUACUCGCACCCGACAAGCAACCCUUCUCUCAACAAUCAAACCAGGCAACAGGUGAAGGAAUAUUUAAAUGCCGAUACACACCCGUGCAAUUCAGAUACCACCAUCAAGGCCACUAAGUAAUAACCAACUGUCAAGACAGUUAACAGCCUGAACUAACUAGUCUAAGUAAUAAGUCACAGCUAAAAAAAAUACUAUAUAUAUAUAUAUAUGUGUGUGUGUGCAUGAUAAAAUGUUUUUUUUUUUUCCUUCUCUCAUGCUGCGCAACAUGGUUGUUACGAAACACAUCAAAAUAAUGUGAUAAUGUGAGUGUACUAUCUACUAACUGCAAAUGUCUGAGUGUUAAUUUUAUGUGUACAUCUGCUGUAUAUACGGUACUCUUGGUCAUUACUACGAUUCAUCUAUGAACGUUUUUCUCUCUUAGUGGAACAUAUUAGCCGCGGUCUGGACCGCCACAUUGUCUCGUAUUUUGGACUUUGGCUUUUUUUUUUAUGCUGUCCCUAGGAGAGAUGUUUCUUGUAAAUGUGCCCCCAUUGUUAUUAUGUCAUGUUUGAUUCUACAAGGUCUGUUGAAGCAAAUUGUAUAGUUUUUCAUGGGGAAGGAAAAGCACAGCCCAGCUGAUGCGGUCACUCCCCAAAUGUUGGCCUAGAACAUCCAGGUUCGGAGUCCUGCUUGCAUUAUUCUGUUUUCCUAGAAGGUGUUGCCCAAUGAAUUAAAUGUUACGAAAUGAG